AUGCGUAUCAUCACAAACAGUCUCAAGUCCAAAGUCUGUCGAUUUCUAACAAUGGGAAAGGGUUCUUGGGAAAGCCGUGCCGCUGCGAAGCGCGCUGAGACGCUGGACAAGAUCCAUCCGGAAUGGAGAUUGUCCCCAAAGGACCUCGAACGCGCCCGCCAACAGCGCGACAUCACUGGCCCUUUCAUACAACAGUUUCUGGACGAAAAUGAUAUCUUCAUUACCUCGAUGGCAAGUGUGCCCAUUUUGCAGGCUUUGGAAGAAAAGAAGCUAUCGGCGGUUGAAGUCACAACAGCCUUUUGCAAAAGGGCUGCCGUGGCACAUCAGAUUAACAACUGUCUUCAUGAAGUCUUCUUUGACCAAGCAUUGGAGCGCGCCAAGUAUUUGGACGACUACUUCGCCAAGCAUAACAAGCCAGUUGGGCCACUUCACGGGCUUCCCAUCAGUCUCAAAGACCAAUUCCACGUCAAGGGUGUGGAUACAACCAUGGGAUACGUUGGCUGGAUUGGUGGUAACCUCGGUGUAUCAGACCCGGAUAAAACUCACAAGGUCGAGAGCCAGAUCGUUACCGAGUUGCUGUCCCUGGGAGCGGUGCUAUACUGCAAGACAAGUCUACCCCAAACACUACUGUUCGGCGAGACCAAGAAUAAUAUCAUCGGUCAGACCUUGAAUCCUAAUAACCAGAAUCUGUCUUGCGGAGGGUCGUCGGGAGGAGAGGCUGCGUUGAUGGCUUUGGGAGGAAGCUCUGUUGGAGUUGGCACAGAUAUUGGUGGAUCACUACGUAUACCAACUGGGUUUUGUGGCAUCUAUUCUAUCAAGCCGACUUCAAAUCGACUUUCUUAUCGCGGUGCUGCGAACACUAAUCCAGGACAGGACACGUAUCGGUCCUCGCUUGGCUUCAUGGGUACUUCCAUUGAUGCACUCGAGGUCGUGUUUAAGUCUGUUCUUGGUGUAGAGCCGUGGCUUCGGGAUCCAGCAGUCUUACCGAUCCCUUUCAGACAAGAAAUGAUGGAUUCCUAUCUAUCGAGAGCCGAUAUCAAGGGCAAUGCCAAGUCAGGCGAGAAGCCAUUGAAAAUGGGUGUUCUUUGGUCUGAUGGGAUGGUUGGGCCGCAUCCUCCUGUUCUUCGUGGACUUCGGGUUGUGGUAGCGGCUUUAAAAAAGGCCGGACAUAAGGUAGUAGACUGGGAACCGCCAUCGCAAGAAAGAGCCACAACCUUAAUCGGCGGCUUCUUUGGUGCCGAUGGAGCACACGAUGUACACGGUCACCUAAAUCGAUCGGGUGAACCUCUGAUACCAGACCUUGAAGACGGCUUCAAGCUCAAAUGUCCCACGGAGCUACUCAAGUAUCAGGAUCUGACCUUACAAGGCCUUGAGUAUGAGCGAGAGUACUCUGAUUACUGGAACUCGACCGAAAGUCAAGACGGCCAAGUUGUUGAUGCUGUUUUGAUGCCAGUUGCACCACAUGCAGCUGUUAUACCAGGAAAGUUCUAUCAUGGAGCAUAUACCGACGCGAUGAAUAUUACGAACUAUUCGGUUGUUGUCAUCCCCACCAUACGAGCUGAUGCGAGCAUUGAUAUUUUUGAUGAUGCAUACAAGCCCUUGGGUGACUUGGACACCAAGGAUUGGAAAGCCUAUGAUCCGGCUCUUUACGACAAAGCUCCUGUAGGUAUUCAGGUUGUUGGGAGAAAGUUUGAAGAGGAGAAAUGUUUGGCUAUUGCUCGAAUUGUCCAAACUGUUCUUCAGAGUGCACUAUAA